CGUGUCUCUCUCUGGCCUGCCGGCGGACCAUGUGGAGCGGCAAGAUGGCGGCGCGGUGGAGGGGGGAAGACGGGGAUUUAAAUGCCGGCAACAGCAACUUUCUGGCCAGCAGCGCUACCAAUGAGUUGGCCCUGAGCAGAGUGGGAGGCGUGGAGAUGGACACCCAGUCCUGCAUCGAUCACUCAAUCCUGGCCAUUUUUGAAGACUCCGCCGUCUCGUCAGAGUAUAAGAUUGGAGCGGAGGAAGAGAGUGAGACUCUGCUGUCGGCCCUGACCGAGAUGCUGGACAGCGUGGAGGACGACGACAGAACUCUGUCUCCCUUUGACACCCUGCCAGACACCAAGCUCCUCGCCCACCCACAGGGCAGGGACCCCUCAGCGGAACCAUCCGUUGCUGACAGACUUAGACCAAGAUCCAAAUCGCCAAACGUAACGUUCACAAUGAAGAUCGAUGGAGCCAAAGAUCAGAGCAAAAUGGAGAGAAACGGCCCUCCUCAGCGGUCCAAACGCAGAAGUAAAAACCUUUUCCUCGGAAACAAGAAAGAGGAGACUGACAUCGAGGUUUUCACCUCGACUUCUCUCGUCAACCUGGUGAAGCUCAUGCACCCGUACUGCCUGAAGCUGCACGUCGAAGAGGACGGGGACGAUGAACUGAGGAGUGGGCAUGCGUUAUUCUCUCAGGAGGAGGUGUGGAAGUACGAGAGACCCCGAGAGGAGUGCGAUGAAGAGAUAAACGUUGUGUCUGACGAUGAGGUAACGGUGACGGAUACAAGGGAGGAAGAAGAGCGAGCGGAAAACGGAGCUAAUGACGUCUCUUUGAAGAGUGUGCUGCUGAAUGGAAACUCAUCCGGAGCUCCACCAUCCAGAGAGAAGAAAAGGGUGAGCUUUGGCCCCGUUCAAGUGGCGCCACUCGAAUCAACAGAAGUGGGACUGAACGAGAGAAAUGUAACAACUGGGCACACGAGCGGAGCUGCGUCGGUUCCACGCCAAACGCUGUCCUCAGAAACGAGCAGCGACCCGGUGGCGGUCCCGUCUCUCAAAAGGGAGACGAAGGCCAAGUCCCUCAGCCUCCAACAGUACAGACAGCUGCGCCAAAAGAGAAACCCUCUGGUGGAGAAACAGGGGAACUACACCACCAUGUGGCCCUGCGUUUCUGAGCCCCCCACGGAGUUGACCCCCAUCCUCUGCUUACAGGGAACAAACGGCUGCGGGUCAAAGGCGGCCAACCGUCACCCCGAUGGUAGAGGAAGCGGUGCCGAUCAGCUUCUUCUAUCUCAAACUCCAGGUCACGUGACGCGAUCCGUCCCUGCUGCGCCCGGGCGGCGCCCCCAGGGCCCCGAACCACCCACUCACCCGCGGCUCGGAGGACUGAAGCGCUCAAGGAGCGAAUCCAAAAUCCUUUCGUCUGCCGGGUCGCAGCCAGACGUCACGGCUAAGCCAAAUGAGGCCGCGCCUGAAAGCAAGAGGGGUUCACUAAAGAAACCAUCGCUGUGCAGUAGUGAUCCCCCGAAUCCCGUCCUCCUCCCCCUGUCAGUUAGCCGAACGACAUCGCCAACCACUGACUCCUCAUCCUCAAACUCUAAAGUGGAGCUCCUCAACAGGGACUUCGACCACCACAGCACCAGACACUUCCCAGGAAUCCAAAAUGAAUCCUCUGGGAAGCCGUCCUCCUCCGGGCAUCCGCCCGAGGUGAUGUUGGUAAACCAGGGCCGCACCACCCGGUUCCAGGAAAUGGAGGACCGGCUCACUGAGAGGGCUUCAGCUGUCCCUGCAGCACCUGCAGCGCUGUGCGCAGCCUCAAAACAAAUCGACGCUGCCUCAGGGGACAAGAAGCUGCAGCCUCAAAGAUGCAGUCCGAUCCCGACUAAAGAAGAAGAGCCAAAGACGUCCUCAGGUCCAACACUGUGUGCGUCCCUCCCUGCUACCGCAGAUGCUCCCACACCAGCGGACGGGUCGGGGUCGGAGGUCCGCCCCCCUGGUUUCCUUGUCCAGAGCACAGCCACUGACUCUGGGAUCGAAGCGCUGGACCUGACCAGCCUGCUGGAGCGGUUUGAGGAAACGCAGGCUAAAGAGGAGAGAGUGUGCGAGAUUGAGGCGGAGCCCAAACCCGCUCCUUUGCGGUCAAACUUGCAAACAGACGAUCCUUUGCACAGAACUAUCGCUGCAGCAACGCGGAAAACCUCUACAGAAGCAUUUGAGCCUUUUAGCACUUCGGAAGCCUCCGGGGAUCCAGAGACGCUCGGGAGGCCUCGGCCUCCUCACGCGCUGGAGGGUGCGGAGAUCCCAGAGCCCCUCGGCACUGAAAUCAUCCUCAGCACUCGACCAGAUCUGCCAGCGAGACGCAGAAAUCCUCCGGCCAAGGCCAUCCAGAUAAUCGAGCCCCGUCCCCUCCCGUCCCGGAAGACUCACACAAGCCUCCCCGCUGCUCUCCUCUCUGCUCACGCGUAUUCCUCCGUGUCCUCCGAUCACGAUUACUGCGGGUCGGCGGGACGCUCGCUUACCGGAGCCUCUGUAUCCAACGGUGUGUGUUUGACCUCUGGCGACCUGAAGGGGACGGCCUGCGGCUACGCUGCCGCUGCCGAAUGUGAGAGACGGACCUCCGGCAGUGAGGCCGGCGUCGGAGCCGUUGAUAACGCCGCGGGGCUACGGCAUCUUUCCGAGCGGCUCAAGACCAGAUCGGAGACGAGCCCGUGCGCGGCCGUCGGCCGCUCGGACGCCGCUUCCGCUGAGCCGGCCUGCGUUUGUGCCGCUGGAGACGAGACGGCGCCAUCCGCUCCUCCCACACCUACGCCCAGCCCCCCCCGCAGGAGUAGGGGGAGGAAUCGGUAUCGGAGAAGAUCUCCUUGUUCCGACUCCAGCUCCCGCUCGUCCUCCUCCUCCUCGUCCCCCUGCAGCUCUGCAUCUCCGUCCCCAAAAAGACAAAAGAACCGCCACAAGCGCUCAGAGAGCAGCUCGUCCUCGUCCUCGUCUCCCUCGCGGUCCGCUUCCUGCUGCCGGCGUCGGCGCUACAAAUGGUCUUACUCCAGAUCGAGGACGAGCAGGUCCAGGUCCAGAUCCUGGUCCCGGACCCGGUCCUCUUCCAGAUCUCGAUCUCCCUCCCCGUUGGUUUGCCGCACACAAUGGACAGAUGUUUGCAGCAGCAGAGAGUCCAGGAAGCUCAGGAGAGAGCACGAGAUCAGGAUUCAGAAACUCAAAGCCAUAGACGAGCGCAGGGUGGUGUACGUGGGCCGCAUCCGCAGGUCGAUGACACACAACGAGCUGCGGGAGCGCUUCGCUCAGUUCGGAGACGUGGAGUGUGUGUCGCUUCACUUCAGGGAUAGAGGUGACCACUACGCCUUUGUCACAUUCUACAACAUGGACGACGCUUUCGCGGCUAUCGAUAAUGGCGGGAAGCUACGGAAGCCGGAUGAGCUGCCGUUUGACAUCUGCUUCGGUGGAAGGCGACAGUUCUGUAACACCCACUACGCCGACCUAGACGCAAACAGAGACGCAGAGUCGGCUCCCGCCAAGAGCCGGUCGGAGGACCUCGACUUCGAUUCGUUGCUGAAACAGGCGCAGAGAGGAUUAAAGAGUUAGCAGAGCAACGACAAGACAGCAAAGACUAAAGCGGGUUUUUUUCUUUAAUCUCUGAGCUUGAUGCUCGCACUUAUGUAGCAUAUUCUUUUAUCUUCUUUUAUUUAAAGUUUUGACUCUUAACACGCAUCCAGUUUCUAAUGUGUUAUGUAUGUAAAUGAAUUACUGUUUAUUUGACUACAACUUAUCAGUGGAACCCACCAAAGAGCUUUGUUCCAUUUUCCAACAUACAAGUUGUGAAUAUUUGUGUGUGUGUGUAUAUAUGUAUAUAUAAUAAAAAAAUGCUCUAAAAUAA